GGACAGGGGGUAGGAGGGUACGGGGCCUUGUUGUUGAUGUCAGUGAUGGCGGCUACGGCGGUAGUGGCUCCGCAGGCUGAGGCCUCGGAGUCGUGGUACUUGGCGCUGCUGGGUUUUGCCGAACACUUUCGUACGUCCAGUCCGCCCAAAAUCAGACUGUGUGUUCACUGCUUGCAGGCCGUCUUCCAGUUCAAGCCCUCGCAGCGCAUUGAGGCCCGGACUCACUUGCAGCUAGGCUCGGUUCUGUACCAUCAUACCAAGAACAGCGAGCUGGCCCGGCAGCACCUGGAGAAAGCGUGGUUAAUAUCGCAACAAAUACCACAGUUUGAAGAUGUGAAGUUUGAAGCAGCAAGCCUUCUGUCUGAGCUAUAUUGUCAGGAGAACUCUGUGGAUGCUGCUAAACCUCUUCUGCGGAAAGCGAUUCAGAUUUCCCAGCAGACUCCUUAUUGGCAUUGCAGGCUACUCUUCCAGCUAGCUCAACUACACACUCUAGAAAAGGAUUUGGUGUCAGCGUGUGACCUCUUAGGAGUUGGAGCAGAGUAUGCACGUGUAGUUGGCUCUGAAUAUACAAGGGCAUUGUUCCUACUCAGCAAGGGAAUGCUCUUGUUGAUGGAGAGAAAGCUGCAAGAAGUGCAUCCGCUUCUUACACUGUGUGGACAGAUUGUGGAGAACUGGCAGGGUAACCCCAUACAAAAAGAAUCCUUGAGAGUUUUCUUCCUUGUUUUGCAAGUCACACAUUAUUUGGAUGCAGGGCAGGUUAAAAGUGUAAAACCAUGCCUUAAACAGUUGCAACAAUGCAUUCAAACUAUUUCAACUCUGCACGAUGAUGAGAUUUUACCCAGUAAUCCAGCUGACUUGUUCCACUGGCUUCCCAAAGAGCACAUGUGUGUUCUGGUUUAUUUGGUAACAGUCAUGCAUUCUAUGCAGGCUGGAUAUUUAGAAAAGGCUCAGAAAUAUACAGACAAGGCUCUUAUGCAGCUGGAGAAACUCAAAAUGCUGGAUAGCAGUCCUAUCCUAUCUUCUUUCCAAGUCAUCCUUUUGGAACAUAUAAUCAUGUGUCGUCUUGUGACAGGACACAAAGCCACAGCUUUACAAGAGAUAUCCCAGGUAUGCCAGCUCUGCCAGCAGUCUCCACGUCUGUUCUCUAACCAUGCAGCUCAACUCCACACAUUACUGGGCUUAUACUGUAUCUCUGUAAAUUGCAUGGAUAAUGCAGAAGCACAGUUCACAACAGCACUAAGGCUCACAACGCACCAGGAGUUGUGGACGUUUAUAGUGACAAAUUUAGCAAGUGUUUACAUCAGAGAGGGAAACAGGCACCAGGAGCUUUAUAGUUUACUAGAAAGGAUAAACCCAGACCAUAAUUUUCCAGUCAGUUCUCACUGCCUCCGUGCUGCGGCCUUCUACAUCCGUGGGCUCUUUUCUUUUUUCCAAGGCAGAUAUAAUGAAGCAAAGCGAUUUCUGCGUGAAACCUUAAAAAUGUCAAAUGCUGAGGACCUAAACCGGCUGACUGCCUGCUCCUUGGUUCUUUUAGGCCACAUCUUUUAUGUACUCGGGAACCACAGAGAAAGUAACAAUAUGGUAGUCCCAGCCAUGCAGUUGGCAAGCAAGAUUCCAGACAUGUCUGUACAACUCUGGUCUUCUGCUCUCUUGAGAGAUUUGAACAAGGCUUGUGGUAAUAAUAUUGACGCACAUGAAGCAGCUCAAAUGCACCAAAACUUCUCCCAGCAGCUUCUCCAGGAUCACAUUGAAGCUUGUAGUCUUCCUGAACACAAUUUGAUCACGUGGACAGAUGGCUCACCUCCAGUACAGUUUCAAGCUCAGAAUGGUCCCACCACCAGCUUGGCCAGUCUUUUGUGAGAAUGGCAACCCCAGUGAAAUGCUAAGACUAAUCCAGCAUUCACUCAAAAACUACCCUACACUGAUUCCAGAGAGUUUGUACAAAAACAGAAAUCAAUUCUUGGGAGCACUGCUAGAGUUCAGCACAUUGCCUCUGGAUUUUGGAUACUGUUGUAGAUCCCAAAUGGCAAUCAGUACACCUGGUGAAACAAACUUGUUAGAGGGUCACUUUUCAGAGACGUUUUUUGGGGCAGAUCUACCUGUUGGAAAACACUCCAUUAUGCAGGAGUCGCCGGAUUAAUCCUCCAUGUCUAUGGUGUGUUGAGGAUACACCUCCCUUACAGCACUAAAAAAAAAAAGGAAUAGAGGAAGGUCUUGCAAAUUGGCAUCCUGUUUGACACCUGCCUUCAGUGUAUUUGUAUCCCUCCUCCCUAACAGAUUUAACAGAGAAGGGCAUUUUUAGCUUGUUUUAUAUUCAUAAAUAUAUAUAUUAAAUUUAUCAAUGUUAAGACUUUUCUACUUACUGAAUUACGGUUUUGUGAGGGACCUAGUUUUCCCUUCACGCUUUUUUUUUUCCUUUUGGAUCAAUAUGUAAUAUUCACAGGGGAUAGGAACCUUUUUGAGACUUGGAUAUAGUUUUUUUAGGUUGAAGAAAAGCCUUAGACGGGAGAUAUUUAUAUGCCAAGAUCCCACUAAUUCUCUUGGCAUAACUAAGCAAAGGAACAGCUAGUGGUCAUGGAAGGGGUUAAUGUUUCAGGACUCUUUAAAAAGUACGGUGAUAUGUUCAGUAGAGAAAAAAAAAAGCCGUGAUUGAGGUCUGACUUUUUAAAUUAUCAGGAAUUACUUUUAUCAUCCUUUUUUUAUUUAUCAUGAUACCUGUAAGUAUUGUAACCUGAAGAUUUUCUUUUUUUUUUAAAGAAGUUUUGAAUACCUUUCCUUUGCAUCCUGUUUCCCCCCUAUUACUAAUAAGUUAAUUUUACAGCCAUCCUUUGUGGAUCUAUGGUGAAUCUACUGGGUAUAUAUUUGUGUGUAUGGGGGGAAAUAUUCUUUCAUGCUGCAUUUUCUCUCCGUGGUAAUGUUUUAGGCUACAGGCACAGUUUGCUUUAGCCACAUGUCCAACAGGCAAAUAUGUUUAAAGGUAUAUAAGGAUAUCUUUUCUGUUUCACCCUUAAUAGGUCACAGUUUGUGUUUGUCAUGCAAACUGACUUGUAAUUGGCACUUUAAAUUAAGUUGCUUCAAACCCUUAAAGGUGCUGGUGUUGCUUGCUUGUUUUAAAACUAAUUCCCAUCAUAUGUAAUAAAUAUUUAGAAUGUUCCACUUUUCACUGAUAAAAAAAAAAAUUAACAGUGGGCAAAUUUGUAAACGGUUUCUAGUCAUCAGAUAGAAUGGCUAAUGUGUACACAGCUAACUUUCAGUACCCUUCCUUUAACUUUCCCAGCAGAUCAUUAUUAUGAGGGGUCUUUAUAUUUGGUCUCUUGUGACUAAGGGCAAAAGCACCUAAGCAUAUUGUCUGCUUUCCUCCACAGGUGGUUUUUAUAGAGGACAGUCAGUCCGCUUUUACGUGCACACCUCCAUAGUUCCAUUGACAUACCUAGUGUCGGUCUGUGUGAAGCUACACAAAGUGCACAUCUGCACAAAGAUGCAUACAUUCGCAUAUUUGAGCUGAUAUGCUCUAUGUAGCUCCACACAGGCCGAUGCCAGGUCUGUCAAUGGAGCUACUGAGGUGGGCGCCCAAGAGCAGAUCCGCUUUACUCUGCCUCUAUAUAAAAGAAAAAAAAAGCCUGCUGAAGAAAGCAGACAGUCCACAUGAUUAGUAAGUAAAUAAGAAAUCAUAACGGGUCCAUUUCAAUUUUUUUCAAAGCUAAAUAGAUGGUUGCCAGAUCCUUUAAGAUACUGGUAGGGCAGGUCAUAAAAUAAAAAGUAUCCCAAACUCAGUGCAAAAUUGCAAUUUAAAAAAUCACAUCUUCAUUCAAAUAUAUAUAUAUACAGUGUAUAUGAUUUUUUUUAAAUUGCAAUUUUGCAUUGAAUUUGGGAUACUUUUUGUUAUUUGAUGUUUGAUCUGCCCUUUAAUCUGGGGGCUGCAUCCAACAAACUCUUACUGGCCAUUUAGGAUCCUUUCAUUUAAUAUAAUUGUUGACAGGUCAUAAUUUAGGCUUAAUACAGGGGCCCGUGCUCUGCUGUCUCAGUCUGGAUUGGUCAUGUUAGCAGCCAACAUUGGCCUGUGUAUCUGGAGCUAAAAAACAUAAGUGAGCUUUGUUUACUACUAAAAGGUAAAGGUCAUUCCCUUUAUAUGGAGAGAACCAGAGAAUAGAUAUGAUUUAAAAAUCCUGUACAUCUGGAUUUCAUGUGAUACAAAGACAGAUCCACUAGCAACCAUAGUUCUCUAUUAAAAUCAGUUUGGCUCUUCUACUUGCAACUUGGUAAGUUGACUACAAAGUGAUGGUACUGAUAUUUUUGUAAACCUAUUAUCUAAAUAGCCAUUUACAUUCAUAACUUUGGAACUGCAGAACAAAACAAUCAACUAACUUAGGGAGAAAUGUAAUAAAAGGGUCAACCAAUCAGCAGGUAAUAUUUACCAGUGACAUAUUUAAAGGUUGAUUGGUCUAGAUUGGUUACUUUGCACUUUUUAUUGCAUUUCCAUUAUUAAACUAUUACACAGUUCGUAUAGCAGCUGUAAUUAAUCUUAGAACGAUUGAUUUAAUAUGUUGUAGGGGUUGAUGUUUGUGGCAAUUUGUUGUUGGUCAACAAACAAUUUUGAUUUUUAUGUUGGACUAGUUAGUAACACCUAACAGCCUGACAUUUUACAUGAAUUGGAAGACCAGUUUGAAAAUGUCUUAGUCUAUCAAUGUCCACAAUAUAGUAAAGUUAAUCUUAAUGUUAACAUCCCCUUUUAAAAUGUAUAUGUCUGUAAAUGAUACAAAAUACAUAGGAGAACCUUGUAUUAGUGUUGCAGUGUCCUUUUUCUACCUAGGAUUUGAUCUAUGGGUUUCUAAGUGCAGUACUUAAGAUUCUGCUAGCCCAUGUUUUAUAGAUGACUGCACAUCCUCAUCUACCCAAAAUGUCUGAGCCCAUGUUCUUAAAUAUGACAGCCCUUCAGUCGCCAGAGUAUUUUCUAAUGUACUAAACCGAUGAAUUGGUGGGUGUAGUUGUGAGAAUUAACUCAUUUGAGUUUGGCAGGGAGGAAUGUAACUGCACUAUUUUAACAUAAAAUAAAAUUGUAGUUUUCCCCUUCAGAUUUCUGUUAGUCACUAAAUGAUAGCACAAGGUUUCGCCCAUAUUCGUAAAUAUGGUGCCUUUUACCCACAAAUGCUCCUUCGCUGCCAUGAACAUGCUGAUUUAUGCUUUUUGACAUAAAAUCAAGGCAGUGUUUCAUAGGCACUUUUUUGCUGGUACUGCAACAUCAGGAAGAAAUGUGGCCCCUUAGCUUCCAUUUUGUGUAUAUAGAAAUGACAAGUUCAUGCAUCACCUAGCAGCAGGCUUUUUCCAUUCACGUAAUCUAGAAAAAUAAAAUCAAUGUCACUUGUGCUAUGUUACUGUUUUUCUAGUAACUUUGAUUCUACAUUGCUGUUAGUCAAAGGAUUAUGGACUGCAUUUGUGUAUGCACUUUUAGUCAGUGGUUUGAUGCAUGUGGGAAACAAUAUAUGAAUGCAGAUUUGACCCAUGUCUCUACUUAUCCCAUUGCAAUAUCGGAGUGUAUGUGAAACCUUAGAUAAUAAAGCAAUAACAGAAAAAGUUCAAUACAAGAGCAUGACCAUGCUCUCUGACACUGUACAACUGGUCAGCUGUGUUUUAUCUUUACAUUUGCCUGUCAUGCAUUGCUUCAUAUGCUUGUCAGUUUUAAAAAUGGCUUAAACUCUGAAAUUCUGCUUCCUUGUUGUGUCUUUAAGUGACUGGGAAAUGUCUGACAGAUCCUGUACUGGGGCUUUUUAGACUGAAAACAUUUCUGUUAAGCUUUUUAUGCUAAAAGGAGAUGCUAGAAGUGGCUGUGUUGUUGUUUCCCAUUCAAUUUCAACUGCCUACAAAGCAUACCUUGUGUAUUCAGCCCAGGCACAUAGGAUUUUUUUUUUACUGUAGAUUUGGAAACACAAUGGGAAACUUGCUGCGAAAUAUCUGCCUACUACCAAAGUGCGUGCCAUAUACAGCACAUUUGCCAUUUAAGUGAAUGGAAAGCUGUUGUCUGGGUGGCCAUUUUGAUCACCAUAUUGAGAGAGAGAAAAAAAUGUUGCUCUGGAAGUAUUUGGAGUUUUAUUUCUCCUUUUGGAAGAAGGCUUUUCCUAUAAUUUAGUUUUCCUUAAUGUACAUUAUAUUCCCUUUGCUUUCUGAUCUUCCUCCUGUACUCUCUUGCAAAUUAAGUAAUCUCUACUAUAACUGCCCUAGAGUAAUAUCCCAAUAUAAAUAGAUCAGUAGACUUCAAGGUGACUUCUAAUAUAUUUUUUUUUAAAUAUAUUCCUUAUGUUCUUGAUUUUUAUUUUCAUGAAGAAACAAACAAAUUACACAUUUUACAAAAGUAAAUAAAAUAUAUAAGUUGUAAUGAGAUAAAAUUAAAACAAACUAGGCUAUUAUCUCUGAAAAAAACCUUACUAAAUGUCCUUAGUACAUUUAUUGGAGAAUUUAUCAAUUUUCCUAACAGAAUCCUUCACAUAAAUAUUAUGAAGUGCCUUUUUCAGACAAAUAUUGAUUCUUAAGUUCACACCCAGUGUGGAGUCCAUAACUUGCCCCCUUAUAAGAGAGGGAAUUUGAUUCAUGUGCCUCUCCUUUAUGUACAUCUGAUAUAGUAAACCGUGAAGAAGGGAGCAUUUUGACAAGCUACAAACAAAAGCACCUUAAGAAAAACAGAUUUUUUUUUCUGUUUAAUAAAGGGUACAUGACAGAAAACUAUUGUCUUGUGAUAACAGUAUUUUUGAAAAGUGCCUUUUCAAUAUUCACUAUAUCUUGCUGACAUUGUGUUGAUUGCUUACUGAAGGGAUCACUGAAGGGAAGGUGUCAAUUUGUUAGGCACUCUCCAGUGAUUACAAUCACUGACCUCAGACCCCAGGAGGUGUUCCUCUUCAUUGGUCUAGGUUACUAUUUCUGACUGAUGUUAUCAAUAAUAAAACCUAUUGGCAUCCCUUCACAGAUGAACUGUAAUCAUGAUAUUGGCUUUGUUAAAAGAAAAAAAUGCUUAUUUCUGAUGCAGCUAGCGACUCUGCUCAAUUUUAUCAGGAGAGAGAGGAGUAAAGGUGGGCCAUACAUGUGAUCUACUCGUUUGGUAAGGUCGCCCCAAUAUGCCUACCUGGGCUAAUUCAAUUGUUUGGCCCAAGGGCCAAGUGAUCCAAUUAAAACAGCAGGCAUAGGUGCCAUCAGACCAAGGACUCUGUAUCCACGAGCCAAUGCUGUUCCUGAUCCAACAGGAAAAAUCAAACCUGCCCGAUCAAUAUCUGGACAAUUUUUGGCCAGAUGUCUGUGUGCUUGAAACACUCAAAUCGGCAGCUGAAAUCUGCUUGUGUAUGGCCCCCUUAAGUUGCUCUGCAUCAUUAAUGUAUACUUUAAGCUGCCCAGACAAAAAAACAGUAGGGUGCUUUACUCUUUAAUAAGAUUAACAGUGUAAAAACCUAGUAUAAAAGGGAAAUAAAUAAAUUGCAAAUGUUUAGAAGAGCGGUCUGAACAGUAUUUAGUUUAUCUAAAGUUACUCUGAAUUUACCCCUCGUUUUCAAUAUAUUGAGGACUGCUUGCCCUGCUAGACAGUGUUAUGUCAUGUUAAGAGGUGAGGAGAUUGAAACACUGAAAUGUAAAAUGAGGCCUUUUUAUGGACUGAACUGUUUCUAAAAUAACGUUUCUAUGUUAGUGUUUCACUUGUAAAAUAUCAAAUAGGUUUUGCCGUAAUAAAGUUAUUCUUUGAAAUCACUUUAUUAUGGCACCUACUGUGGCCAAACAUGGUAGGCGGGAUUAUCAUCAAGAGUGCAAAUCUUGAUCAAGUCAGUCCAUUGUAUGUGUAUGGUCCUAAAACUAUUGUCUUUUCAGUAGUUAUGACUGCGGUAAAGUAAGAUGUCUGGAUAUGUGGGGGGACAGCAUGUGGCUACAGGCAGCUGUACGUGGAUAUGCUGUGUGAUCAGAAUGUUAAUGCAGUCAUUAAGCCUUCAGACCAGUCUUAUUUGGUCACUGGGCAGAUAUAUAUAUAUAUAUAUAUAUAUAUAUAUUAUUAUGUAUGUAUGCCAGCUUUGGCUGCCUCUAAGAAGGUAACUAGUGUCAUAGUGUCAUACUUUAGUAGUCUCUUAAAAACAUCUAAAAUAGUGUUUUUCAAGGUCUGCAGUACUUUGUAUUGUUGGGCUUUGUUGAAUGAAAUGAUACUAGUUAUAGGCUGCAAUAAAGUAUUAAGAGACAUGACCUAGCAAACAGAUCUGCUUGAACUGAAGUGUUUCUUUCUUAUUCCUGUUAUGUUUUAACCUCAACUUGAAACCUCUUAAAGCUUAUUAAGCCUAAUGAACCUACUCUCUCCUUUCAGCACAUUUCAGCUUACUCUUCCUGUGACCCAAUUCCAUGCAUGUGCUUACAGAAUGAAAUAUGUUAGCACUCAAACAAGAAUAACCAUGCAAAUGCAAACAUUUCAGGUGUGACAGUGGCAGGAGGGUCAUACAGGCUUGCUUAAAUAAAUCAAAUUUAAUGUAAAGUGAUUCAUUACCUUUCAUAAUAUGGUCAUAAAAUAUGUAAUUGACACUGCAAAAUGCAGUUGGUGUACUGCUGAUAAGGUGUGUUCUUGAAAAAGUGUCCUCACAUACCUGGGUUUCAACUGCUUUUUUUAUCCUCUGCAUGGACUGUUGAGUGUUGGUUACAGAAUAAUCAUUAUUUGCCUGUGGGAUAUGUGCCUAAGGGGUCCUUGUGCUGUACCCUAGGAUUAUAAAAAUGACAGUGAAAUAUUAAAAUGUUAAGACAUUCCCUUUAUAUGUUUCAACUAAUAUAACCAAAAGUAUAAUUCUUUUUAGUAACUGCUUGUGGAUUGGUUAAGCUAGACCUGGUGAUUUAAACACAUGGAUCUACAUUUAUUAGAAAAUAUAUAUAUAUAGCCCAACAGUAUUCUCCUGUAGGCCUAAGAGUUUGAAACAUCCGUAAGGGUAAUGUCACUUGAGAUUUCGUAUGUUGUGCUCAGUAGCCGUGACUUUACUGGAAAAGAGAUUGGCUUUAAAUCAUACAGUCUUUCAAUCACAUUCCAUAGUGGACCACUCAGUUCCCCACAAGUAUGGCAUGCCUGUAAGGCCAGAACUUCCCAAAGUGCAGUGACAUUAAGGUCCAGAAGCUUUUCAAAUCUAAUGGUCUUCAUAUUAAUUGAUCUUUUGAGGUUUUAGAUCUAUUUUGGAGAAAGAACACAAGUAUAGUCUUGAAGUGGUGUCCUCUUCAGUCUUUAUUCCCCCUGCACACAUUUUCAGGCAAAACCUGUACAGAUGGGCCUUACUUUUGGAGAUACCUUUUGUAGGUAGUAACAUGAUUGGAGACACAUGUGCUUGAUUGGUUGCUGCUAUUUGCCAAAGGGAAGGCAUUGUUAACUUGCUGACUAACAAAAUCGUUGUGAGAAUUACCUUACAAUACAGACCACACUUAAAUUGCAUAGUUUGCCUUUAGCUAAAUCUGUCGACCUCUAAUCACCAGCAGAGUUCUGUAGCAUUGGAUUGCUAGCUACAACCCCCUAACUGUAUUGCAGAUUGUUGCAGUGGCAAGAAUAUAUUGCAAUAAAAUCCAUCUCUAAGGCAUAGCAGAAUUUAGACAUUUUAAUUUAUGUAUCUUGUGUUAUAGUUUGUACUUACUUUACUCUGAUUGGUUUGCCCUGUUCCCCAAUGGGCAAAUCACUUGUACAGUUCUUUUAAAGUUUUUAAUUUAGUAUUAUUUUGAAUUUAUUCUGACUAUUGAUGCUCUGCUUUACUUUCUGUAGAUAGUGUAAAGAUGUUUGUAUAGAAAAUAAAAUCAAAACUACAUCUCAGGA